AGCAUUCCAACAACUCAUUGAACUCAAACUGACAAAAAUUGGGUGAAACGGAGCCAACCGGUCCUCGAAGGACACGUCGGUCGUUCAAUUGGCAUCGGUGCCUUCACGGACAUUGGAAGAAAGAAAGGCGCCGGCUCCCUGGGAAGUGAAUCCAAUGUGUUUUGUCCUUUUUGCUCUGUAGCGACUCGUCAGGGACGGAGGCGAGCACGAAGGUUCCCGCGCACGCCAACGCAGACGCGAACGCCAUGCAGGAGUGGGAGGCCAGUGUGUGCCAGCUGCAGCCCAACAUCAUCUCGGUGCGCCUCUUCAAGAGGAAAGUGGGCGGCCUAGGUUUCCUGGUCAAGCAGAGGGUCUCCAAACCGCCAGUCAUCGUGUCGGACCUGAUCCGGGGCGGUGCGGCUGAGGAGUGCGGCCUGGUGCAGGUGGGCGACAUCGUGCUGGCCGUCAACAACAAGCCCCUGGUGGAGCUGAGCUACGAGCGAGCCCUGGAGACGCUGAAGAACGUGUCGCCCGAGAGCCAUGCCGUGCUCAUCCUGCGUGGGCCCCAGGGCUUCACCACCCACCUGGAGACCACCCUGUCGGGCGACGGGCGCCCCCGCACCGUGCGGGUCACCCGCCCUGCAGUCCCGCCCUCCAAAUCCUACAAGAAUUGCUCGCCCCAGCUGAGGGCCAUUGAGAACCUCUCAUCGCCAUCCAUCACGCUCCUGGCGGCCCAGGAUCCGCUGCUGACGAGGGAGGGGGGCCGGGGCGGCGGUGGGCUCUUCUGCAACGGGCUGGAGGAAAACAACGAGCUGCUGAAGGAGAUUGAGCCCGUGCUGCGCCUCAUCCGCAGUGCCAAGAAGGAGCUGAACGGCGAGGGCCAGAGGAACGCCGGGCGCAGGGACGCCGCCAUUCAAGUGGCCUGCGUGGGAAACGCAACUUCACCACACCUUUCAUCUGAAAACAACAGAAGACGAGACAACAUGCCGGUGAUGCUGCACGACAUCGAGGCCGAGCAGGGACCUGGCCAGGGCAAGACGCUGCACAACGGAAGCCCCUCCAAGUGCCCCCGCUUCCUCAAGAUCAAGAACUGGGAGAGUGGAAGCAUCUUGAACGACACGCUCCAUCAGGGCGCCAGCAAGAUGCCCACUUGCGGUGAGAACGUGUGCCAGGGCUCCGUCAUGACGCCCAACCUGCACGCUCGCAAGCCGGAAGAAGUGCGGCCCAGAGAGGAGCUCGUCACCCUGGCCACAGACUUCAUCGACCAGUACUACACCUCCAUCAAAAGGUCCUCCAAGGGCAAAGACGAGUACAGUUCCAAGGCUCACGCGGACCGGUUGGAGGAGGUGACCAAGGAGAUCGAGGCCUCGGGGACGUACCAGCUCAAAGAUACGGAGCUCAUCUAUGGAGCCAAGCACGCCUGGAGGAACGCCGCCCGUUGCGUGGGCAGGAUCCAGUGGUCCAAACUGCAGGUUUUUGACGCGAGGGACUGCACAACAGCUCAUGGAAUGUACAACUAUAUUUGUAACCACAUCAAGUACGCCACCAACAAGGGCAACCUCAGGUCGGCCAUUACCAUCUUUCCACAAAGGACGGACGGAAAACACGACUACCGCGUGUGGAACUCUCAGCUCAUCCGCUACGCUGGCUACAAGCAGCCCGACGGGAGCAUCCUGGGAGACCCUGCCAACGUGGAAUUCACAGAGAUUUGCAUGCAGCUGGGCUGGAAAGCACCCAAGGGUCGCUUCGACGUGUUGCCUCUCCUGCUGCAGGCCAACGGCAAUGACCCCGAGCUAUUUGAACUACCCGAAGACCUGGUCCUGGAGGUGCCCAUCACGCACCCCAAAUACGAGUGGUUCAGGGAGCUGGAACUGAAGUGGUACGGCCUGCCCGCAGUCUCCAACAUGCUGCUGGAGGUGGGAGGCCUGGAGUUCAGCGGCUGCCCCUUCAGCGGCUGGUACAUGGGAACCGAGAUCGGCGUCAGGGACUUCUGCGACAGCUCCCGCUACAACAUCCUGGAGGAUGUCGCCAAAAGGAUGUCCUUAGACACCAGGAAGACGUCGUCCUUGUGGAAAGACCAAGCUCUGGUGGAGAUAAACAUCGCUGUGCUCUACAGUUUUCAGGUGUGCAAAGUGACCAUCGUGGACCACCACUCGGCCACCGAGUCCUUCAUGAAGCACAUGGAGAACGAGUACCGCGUGCGAGGCGGCUGCCCGGGCGACUGGGUGUGGAUUGUGCCGCCCAUGUCAGGCAGCAUCACGCCUGUCUUCCACCAGGAGAUGCUCAACUAUCGCCUCACGCCCUCUUUUGAGUACCAGGUGGACCCGUGGCACACUCAUGUGUGGAAAGGAGUCAACGGGACGCCCACCAAGAAGAGAGCCAUCGGCUUCAAGAAGCUCGCCAAGGCGGUCAAGUUCUCAGCCAAGCUGAUGGGCGCUGCCAUGGCCAAGCGGGUGAAGGCCACCAUCCUGUUCGCCACAGAGACAGGCAAGUCUCAGGACUACGCCAAGACGCUGUGCGAAAUCUUCAAACACGCCUUUGAUGCCAAGGCCAUGUCCAUGGAUGACUACGACGUGGUGGACCUGGAGCACGAGACGCUGGUGCUGGUGGUGACCAGCACCUUUGGCAACGGAGACCCGCCCGAGAACGGGGAGAAAUUCGGAGCCGCCUUGAUGGAGAUGCGACACCCGACGUCAAACACGGAAGACCGAAAGAGCUACAAAGUUCGCUUCAACAGUGUGUCAUCCUACUCAGACACCAGGAAGUCGUCCAGCGACGAGCCCGAAGCCAAAGUAAACUUUGAGAGCACCGGCCCACUUGCCAAUGUCAGCUGCCGCGUGGCGCCCGACGGGCUCCCGACGGCUGCGGCGGCGGAAACGCGGCGCGACGGAAACAACCACGGCAAAGAUUCGAACGUCACGCCUGCCAAGAAAGAACGAAAAGCGCUCAAGUUCUCAGUCUUCGGGCUGGGAUCCAGGGCCUACCCACACUUCUGCGCCUUUGCCCACGCCGUGGACACGCUGUUCGAGGAGCUCGGUGGGGAGCGCAUCCUCCGCAUGGGGGAGGGCGACGAGCUGUGUGGCCAAGAGGAGUCCUUCAGAACUUGGGCCAAGAAGGUUUUCAAGGCUGCCUGCGACGUUUUCUGCGUGGGCGACGACGUCAACAUUGAGAAGGCCAACGACUCGCUCAUCAGCAACCACCGGAGCUGGAAGAAGAGCAAGUUCCGCUUGACCUACGCGGCCGAGGCGCCGGCUCUCACUGACGCGCUGUCUACAAUCCACAAGAAGACCGUUUACGGAGCCAAAAUGCUGGAAUCGCAAAACCUCCAAAGUCCCAAAUCCAACCGCUCCACCAUAUUCGUGCGGCUGGACGCCAACAAGCACGACAAGCUGAGCUACCACCCCGGCGACCAUCUGGGCGUCUUUGCCGGGAACCACGAGGACCUGGUCACCGCUCUCAUCCACAAACUGGAGGACGCGCCGGAUGUCAAUCAGAUUGUCAAAGUCGAGUUCCUGGAGGAGAGGAACACCGCGCUAGGCGUCAUCAGUAACUGGACCAGCGCCGGUCGCAUCCCGCCCUGCACCAUCUUCCAGGCCUUCCAGUACUUUCUGGACAUCACCACGCCGCCCAGUCCCGUCCUUCUGCAGCACUUUGCCGCACUGGCCACCAACGACAAACACAAGAAGAGACUGGAGGUGCUCAGUAAGGGCCUGCAGGACUACGAGGAGUGGAAGUGGUUGAACACGCCCACCCUGGUGGAGGUCCUGGACGAGUUCCCUUCGGUGCAGAUGCCGUCCACGCUGCUGCUCACCCAGCUGCCUCUGCUGCAGCCGCGCUACUACUCCAUCAGCUCCUCGCCCGACCUGCACCCCGGCGAGAUCCACCUCACCGUCGCCGUGGUCUCCUACCGGGCGAAAGACGGAGAAGGCCCGAUCCACCACGGAGUUUGCUCGUCGUGGCUCAACAGGAUCGAAAAGGGCGACGUGGUGCCUUGCUUCGUGCGAAGCGCCCCGUUAUUCCGGCUUCCCAAAGACCACCAAGCACCCUGCAUCCUGGUGGGCCCUGGGACGGGCAUUGCCCCCUUCAGGAGCUUCUGGCAGCAGAGGAUGUUUGACCUUCAACACAAAGGCGUGGAGGCGUGGCCCAUGAUCCUGGUGUUUGGGUGUCGCCAGUCCGAGAUGGACCACAUAUACAAGGAGGAGACCGUCCAGGCCAGGAACAAGGAGGUCUUCAAGGAGCUCUACACCGCCUACUCCAGAGAGCCCGGCAAACCAAAGAAAUACGUGCAGGACAUCCUCCGCGAGCAGCUGUCCGAGCGAGUGUACCGGUGCCUGCGCGAGGAGGGCGGCCACAUUUACGUGUGCGGCGACGUCACCAUGGCGGGAGACGUGCUGAAAACCGUGCAGCAGAUCCUCAAGCAGCACGGGAACAUGAGCUUGGAGGACGCCGGCUUCUUCAUCAGCAAGCUGAGGGACGAGAACCGCUACCACGAGGACAUCUUCGGAGUCACCCUGCGCACAUACGAGGUCACCAACCGACUGCGCUCCGAGUCCAUCGCCUACAUUGAGGAGAGCAAGAAAGACUCUGACGAGGUUUUUUGCUCAUAGGCUGCCGCCGAGGAUGCAGCAGGACCGGCUCCACAAAACUGUGCCAAUUUUUCAAAGGAGAAGGAAAAGCUGGGCAAAAGACUUCAUCAUCGCUACGUAUGUCUGCUUUUUUUUUUUUUUUUGGACCACGCUUGUGGUUUGAGGCUUGUGAGGGCGCUAACUGGUUGUUGAUGUUGGUUACGAGCAUGCAAGAGACAAGAAGAUUGACUUGUCGCGUGUAUGUUUGUGUGCCCCAGCGCAAAAGACAAAUGCUGCUGGUUUUUUUUUUUUUUUUUUUCCCCUUUUGGGUGUUUGCACAGCGCAUGACGGCCGCACGCGUUGAAACUUUAAUGACGGGUGACAACUGCCCCAACUCAGACCAACGCGUCGUGUCCUCAAAACAGAUCCAAAUGCUGUUUUUGUUUUGUUUGCUUUUUUUUUUUUUUUAUACACCAUCAGAAAAAAAAUCAAAAUGCUUUUUUUUUCACUGAGAAAAAAAAGCAUGAGUGACACAAAUGUGUCAUUGAAAAUGGAAAGACUUGUAUGAACGACAAAGCGGCGUGAGCGACAACCGAUACGGCCCAGCUAACAAACGCGUCAUCGAAAAUACGCUCGACAUUUUAUUCUUCAAACAUUGACCUCUUUAAUGAACACUUUAAUAAACGUUUGGUUCUUUUUCCUCAGUGGUACAACUUUAUUCCUGAAUAUUUGCAACUUUUUUUUCCCCCCUUCUAAACAUUCUUAAUUCAUGAUUUGUUCGGUUGAAAAAUUUAACUUUCACCCAAUUUACUUAAAUAUGUUGACUUUUUGUGGCGUGUAAUAUUGCGAUUUUAAUCUUAUUUCAGCAUGAUUUCCCCCCAAAUACGUUUUUUUUUUUUUUCAGACUUGGUCCGCAAAACAGAACUUUUAUCCUCCAUCUUUUAAUCUGGACUUCAUCUGGGGGGGAAAGCCAGGAAUGCUUUGAAUUGGAAUAUUGCAACUUCAUUCUCGUUACUCUUGGGCUUGAGAAAUUGUAUUUUAUUUGUCUACGUUUAUAAUAAGAUCUAAAAUGAUUUUUACUUUUUGCUCUCCAAUAUACAAACUCAUAUACUCAAAGCAACACAAAACUGGCCAUUGUAUUCUCGCAAUUGUGACAUUUUAACUUGGUUGGCCUGCUCUUUUUUGCGCUGAUCACAAUUAGCUUAAAAGCAUAUUUUGCCAAAUUUGGGAAGAAAAAGGCUGCUCUGGUGGUCUCGCUUUCUAUUUUGGGCUCUACACAACUAACCUUCGAGGAAAGAAGCCCGCGCAAAUCGGACUCAAAUUGUGUGCCAAUUCCCAACGUGGCACAUUGCCGUGUUUGUGUACAAACCAACGUGUGUCUCGUGUGAAGUCGCUGAUGUAAAUCGUGCAGCAGGAAAACCACUACGCUUUAUAUAUAUAUAUAUAGCACAUGGAUCUUUUGUAAGGAUGUCUUUUGAAUAUGUAAUUAAGCACGAUAGCGCAUCCUAGAAAGGGUCUGCCCUCUCUUCCCGGCUAACGAGGCUCAGUGCAUGGUGGUCUUGUGUCUUGUGUAUUCAUUCUAAGAGUCCGUAGCAGUGCUGUGUGGGGUGACUCUGUCUGGCGGCGGUGGCGGCGGCCUUCUCUGCUUUUUUUGCGUUUUGCCGCUGCCGCCGAGAUGGUCGCCUCGGCUUUUGGUUUGCGUUUGUCUCUCUGUGGCCUCUGUUCUUUGAACUCCAUUUGACGCUGCAAGGACUGAAAUAAAGUCAAACAUGUACAAAGUA